GCCUUGAAUCGCAAAUGACCCAGGCAGACCAAAUGACCCUGGCGAGAGGGAAAGAGGCCGCAAAAAGAGGCAGAAGAGGCGCAGUCAGGAGCCCCAUUGCGACAGAAGAAGGUUGUGAAAGACCAGAUAAGCCACUCUGGGAAUUGGACCACAGAUAAGAAGCAAGAAGAACUUUGCCUUCUUUCGGGUGUUCCCACUCCGAAGUCAUCUUUCCAUUCAACGGGAAUCAACUAGUUCUCUACAGAAGAAGAAACAGGUAAUAAAGCAACGGAAGCCUUUUGUUGGAGAGGCUGUGAUUUCUAAAGGUGCGUCUCUAGAGCCCUGUGGUGCAUGGCGCUAAAAGGCGUCGGGGCAGGCAGAGAGGUGUACUGGUUUCCAACCGAGUCACCAUGGCAAAGUGGUUCAAGGAGUUCCCCAUCAACUUGAAGAAUGGUGCCGACAGGAUCCGCUCAGCCUCCGAAUCGGGCUCACAACCUCGAGCCAAUAAAGCCGGGCUGGUGGCCAGCAUCGGUACCAAAACAACGGGCUCCAAAACGGGCCAUCGCAAGAACUCCUCUGGUGACAACACAGGCGGAGGAGUCGGGUCUCUCCUCUCCGGAAGAAACCGGAAGAACUCCGCCACAGAGUUGAGUAGAAGUGGUGCCAUCUCCCCGAAAGAUGGAACAGUUUGGGAGAACCUCCUGUCUGGGAAAAGUCGCAAGAACUCCAAAGCGCUGCCGGUGUUUGAGGAGCAGCACAGACCCCCGAAAAGCUCUCCAUCUGCCAACGCGUUCAUCAGCCGGCUGAUCAGAGUGGACAAACAGGACAAAAGCCCCAACUUCAAGAGCGCCACCAUCACCAAUCAAGUGGUACCCGAAGCAGAGAAACCAGUCCAGUGCAAGACGGAGACGGUGAUCAUCCUUGAGGAUUACGCAGAUCCCUUUGAUGCCCAGAAGACCAGAGAGCAAAGGGAGGCUGAGAGGGUCGGGGAGAACGAUGGAUACAUGGAGCCUUAUGAUGCCCAGCAGAUGAUUACAGAAAUUAGACGUCGGGGGUCCAAGGACCUGCUGAAGGUGUGUGUGCUGGUGGAGGCGAGCGAGGGAACGGUGGAGGACAGUCCGCCCGUGCCCUUACAGAUAUAUGACGUCCCGUAUGAGGACAGUGGUGACGGGGACAAGGCGGUGGUCAUGCGGCCUGAGCUGGAUCCCCGACCCUCCACUGAGUACGAGCUGCCCUGGGAGUGGAAGAAAGAGCAUAUUGUCAAAACUCUGUCAGCACAGUUUGACAGCCCUGAACGCCAAACCAAAGAGGAGACACCUCACCCCACACUCACCAGGCAGCCCCAACAUCCACUGGCCCAGCCUCCGCAGCCGCAUCAGCACCAGCACCUGAGGCAGAAAAGCUGGACCCAGAAGAUCCUGCGGUCCUCUCCCACAACGCUGUCGCCGUCCUGCACCCCCGGCAGCAUCCCCGACCCCGAGGCCUGCUGCGUUGACCCCUGCCUGCCCCUGGAAAAACAGAGCUGGUACCAUGGCUUUGUGACUCGUCAGGAGGCGGAGUUUCAGCUGCAGUCCUGCAAAGAGGCCAGCUUCCUGGUCAGGAACAGCGAGUCGGACAGCAGCAAGUACUCCAUCGCCCUCAAGACGAGCCAAGGCUGCGUCCACAUCAUUGUUGCCCAGACCAAAGAAAACGGCUACACCCUGGACCAGAGCAGCUGCGUGUUCGCCAGCAUCCCAGAGGUGGUGCACCACUACUGCUCCCGCCGUCUGCCUUUCGACGGCGCUGAGCACAUGACCCUGCUGCAUCCAGUGCCUCGGAUCCACUGACUCCACCCCACCCGAGCUUAGGUAUACAAAACAAACACACCUCUAGGCCUGCAGUGAUACAAUGUUUCCAGAAAUCAGUCCCGACCUCACAUCUCUGACCAGUCUGUACUCCUACUGCUUCCAUCUCACUUUAUAACCUGCCUGUGGGACACUACUUUGUGUUAUUUUUAUGAUAUUUUUAUUUGAUGAUCACAAAACAUUUGCAGCUCACUCUGUGUCUCCUUAUGUCUUCAUUUUACUUUUGAUGUUCAGCUGAUGCAAAACAUCCAGGCUGCUGUUUUGCAUCAGAGACGAUGAGGCAAUUCUAAUGAUGAAAUGUGAGUUGGAUUGGGACCAAGACUCAUACUCUGAUGUUUUAAUUAUCCAGUGUGGCUCUACUAGAAGCUCCACGUGAUAUUGUUGUUAUUGUUACUAAGUGAUAUUUACUAUGAAGCAGAAAGGACUACUGACUCUCUGAAAGGACUAGAAUCUCAGUAGUUUGUGGCUCUCCUUCCCCCCCUGGUGGAUGUGCUGGUACACUGCAACCAAUAAUGCCAACACAAAGAAGUCUCUUCUUUCCUCAUAAUUGAUGGGUAAAAUCCAAACACGGAGCAUAUCAUUACACUUAUUAUGAACAAAGAGCAGCUAUUUUAAUAUUUUGUGCUUGCAGCAUGUGUCUAAUUUAUGCUCCUAUACUUGUUGGUUGUAUCCAAUGCCCCUUGAGGAUUUCCUCUGUUUUACUGUGAAUGAGGGAGUUGUUUCCACUGUGGUAUCUGCGCUGUGAAGAGUGAGUGAUUCACCCUGAUGCAAUGUGCUUGACGGACCAUGGCUUUACAAUUGUUGCUGUUUUUCAUGACGAGAACUGAGA